AAAAAACUUCAUCAUGUGAAAGAUUUAAGUGAAUAUAGUACUGGAGUACAUACUGUGACUGGUGGUGGUGACUUAAUUUAUAUAGACAGUAAGUUAAACAUCAUUAAAUUAUCUAAAGAUCACAGAAUAAAGACCACAGUAAUACCCUACACAGCACCAUGGGAACCACUGAGUGUCUACAGCUCCCCCUCCACUGGAGACCUGCUGGUCGGGAUGUCUUCAGGCCAGGUAAACCGUUACACCAACACAGGAGAACACCUACAGACCAUACAGCACGACAACACAGGUCAGAGACUGUAUGAAUAUCCUCACUACAUCACAGAGAACCGCAAUGGAGAUGUUAUUGUGUCUGACUUUGACCGUUAUGCUGUAGUGGUGACAGACAGAGGAGGUAGACAUCGCUUCUCCUACACAGGUCCUACAUCAGGAUCAGGACUAGCACCAUGGGGAAUCUGUACUGACGCGCUGUCACACAUCCUGGUGUGUGAUUAUAACACCCACAUAGUACAUAUACUGGAUUGUGACGGGGGACUCCUGUCACAGAUAGACAGAGAACAACACGGGAUAGGCUCACCACUGGGCCUGAGUUAUGAUGACAGAACUCACUGUGUCUGGAUCGGUGCACUGAACAACAACACAGUGAACAUUUACAGACUGGAACACUCCCUGACUGAGUUUCUUAAAGAGGAGAAAACAACUGUUUUUCAUGCCCGAGGAAUACUUGUUGGAUGUGGUGAGGCUGGAAAAACAACUCUACUGAAGAGAUUAAGAGAGCAAUGCCAAAAUCGCAGUGAAGUGAAAAAGUUGACUAAGGGACUAACAACACUGCUGAAGCGAUUAAGAGGGAAACGACAAAAUGUUGGUGAAAUUACAGAGUCCACCAGGGGCCUCGAAGUCCAUCAACAUCUUUUCUUUGUUAGAAAUGGAAUUUUAGAAGUGGCAGAUGAUGACUCACCAUUGAAGACAUUUAUCAGGAUAAACACUGCAGAUUUAAAACCAGACCCGGCUAGUGCAGUUGAUAUCUCCAGUACAAAUGAACAAGUAGACAAUUUGGAUCUAGGGAGUACUGAUAAAGGCACUGAAGUAAUUUAUAGCCGAGAAGGAAAGAAAGAAAAGGAUGUUGAGUUGUCCAAAGAAGUAAAGAAAAAAGAGAAUAUUGAAAUGUCUAGGUCACCAAGUGAAGGCAAAGAAGAAGAAAAUACAGUAAAAAUAAUGGCCAGUGUUUUCUCCUCAGAGGCACAAGCAAUGGUUAUUGAUGAAAUUUUUGAAAAAAUUUUGUCUGAGAAAGAAAAGUUACCAACAGUAAGCAUGCUGGAUUUCGCUGGUCAAUUGGCGUACUAUGCCUGUCACCAAAUUUAUGUAACACCAAAGGCCUUCUUUAUCCUUGUGUUGGAUAUGACUAAGAAGUUUGAAGAUGUUGUCAGUAAAGAGAAAGAUAAUCAAGAGGGAUCAAUCUUCUCCGUGUGGACUUACAAAGGUAAGACAGGAAAAGUGAUAUCAAGAUAUUACAAACGUCAUGAUAUCAACACUUACUAA